AUGCUGGAGACCCAAAUCUCUCAAAUUGCCCAAUCAAGUUCUUCAUCCUCCCCUUCUUCAUCUUCUUCUUUACCUAGCCAAGGUGUCAACCCCAAGUCUAUGUAUGCCAUUACUACUAGAAGUGGGAAGAUCCUUGAGAGUGAUCUAAAUGUUGAGAAGAGUCCCGAUGUGAGGAUAGGACUUGAGGUUGAGGAUGAGUCAUCAAGAGAGAAUGAGAUUCUAGAGGGAAGUGCCGGAAAGAAUGAGAGGGGUGAGAAAGAGAAAGAGAAGGAAUCCGAAAAGGAGAGCACCAAAGAUCAAACAUCUUUACCCCUUAAUCACCAACCUAGAAUGCCUCACUACUCUAAAUUCCUAAAAGACCUUUUGAAUGGAAUGAGAGAAGUUGAAAUUGUUAACCUAACUGCAAAUUGUAGUGCUAUUCUCUCUAGUAAGCUACCAACCAAAUUGCAAGAUCCCGGUAGUUUUUCCAUCCCUUGUUCCAUCAAUGAGAUUCAUUUGGGGAAGGCUUUGUGUGAUCUAGGUGCUAGCGUGAGCUUAAUUCCCUUUUCGGUCUACCAAAAGCUUAAUGUGGGAAACCUUUCACCUACAAACAUCACCCUCCAACUAGCGGAUAGGUCCACAAAAUUGCCUAUAGGGAAAGUUGAAGACAUACCCUUUAGAGUUGGUAAGUUCACUUUUCCGGUGGACUUUUAUGUUCUUGAGAUGGAUGAAAAUGAAAGAAUUCCUAUAAUUUUGGGUAGGCCAUUCCUAGCUACUUCUAAAGCAAUUAUUGAUGUCAAAGAAGGUAAGAUGACCUUGAAGUUUGACGAUGAUUCUAUCGAAUUUGAUUUGAAUAAGGUAAUGAGACAACCUUCCUCUAGCAAUGAAUGCUUUAGAAUAGAUACAAUUGAAAACUUGAUGAAUGAGUUUAGAUACCCUCAUAUGCAUGCUUCUAAUGAUCUACUUGAGAAUGUUUUGUUGAAUGAGAAUGAGGUAGGUGAUCAAAAGGACAUGCAAUUAUAUGAGGAAAUGCUUGAUGAGAAAGAGGAGACAACCCCCGACCAAGAGAUGCUCCAAACAUAUUAA